GUUGGAUAGAGCGAGAGCCAUAGAGAGCGCGCCGGGUUCUCAGCCUUCCUUACCGAAAAGCCGAGUAUUUCCCUGCCUUUUCUGUCCAACCAACACCCUCAUUUCCCACUUACUUGUUCUGUAUACCCCCGGAAACCCUUGAAAUUUUUUCCUCCUUCCUUAUAGUUUUGUCUUGAGCUUUUGUUCGUUCCGCAAUCUGAACUACUGGUUUACGUACUGCUGCUUAUUUGGAUUUGUCCGGCAUACGAGGGACCGUGGAUGAGCUGCUUUAGCCUAAACCGGAGAUGGAAUUGCUGAUAAUAUGCCUUUCCUUUUGGAUAUUGCAAUGCAAUUCAGUGGCGAGCGCGGACUCCAUCAUUCACAUCGGUGCCAUAUUCGAGGAGAAUGCGUUGAGGGAUGAUGAGGUUUUCCAACUGGCGAUCUCAGACCUCAGUCUCAACGACGACAUUUUGCAAAGCGAGAAAAUUACACACUCCAUCAAAUUUGUCGAGGCAAACAACCCUUUCCAGGCGGUCCAGGAAGCCUGUGAAUUGAUGACCCAGGGCAUCCUGGCUCUGGUCACCUCCACAGGCUGUGCCUCUGCUAGCGCCCUCCAGUCCCUGACGGAUGCCAUGCACAUCCCGCACCUGUAUGUCCAGCGCAGCGGGGAUGGCUCACCCCGGACCGCAUGCCACCUUAACCCGAGCCCCGACGGCCAGCGCUACACCCUGGCGGCACGCCCGCCGGUCCGACUCAACGAGGUCAUGCUCACGCUGGUCGGUGAGCUGCGCUGGCAGAAGUUCAUCGUCUUUUACGACAACGACUACGAUAUCCGCGGCCUGCAGGGUUUCCUUGAUCAGACGUCACGGCAGGGCCUGGACGUGUCCCUGCAGAGAGUGGACAGGAACAUCAGUAAGGUGUUCUCCAACCUUUUUAACACCAUGAGGACGGAGGAGCUCAACCGUUACAGAGACACGCUGCGGAGAGCCAUCCUGCUGCUCAGCCCCAAAGGAGCACAGGUCUUCAUCCAACAGGCUGUGGAGACCAACCUGGCUUCUAAGGACAGUCACUGGGUGUUUGUUAAUGAGGAGAUCAGUGACACCGAGAUCAUGGAGCUGGCCCACAGUGCUUUGGGGAGGAUGACAGUGAUUCGUCAAAUCUUCCCGCUCUGGAGGGACAGCAGCGCACGCUGCAUGAGAAACAACCACCGCAUCUCAUCCCUCCUCUGUGACCCCCUGGAGGGAUUCGUGCAGUUACUGGAGGUGUCCAACCUGUACCUGUAUGACAGUGUGCUGAUGCUGGCCAAUGCCUUCCACAGGAAGUUGGUAGACAGGAAAUGGCACAGCAUGGCCAGUCUUAACUGCAUCAAGAAGUCCACCAAGCCCUGGAAUGGAGGCUGGUCUAUGCUGGAGAACAUCCAGAUGGGAGAUAUCACAGGCCUCACAGGAACGAUGGACUUCAAAGCGAAUGGAUCCAAUUCUCACGUCCAGUUUGAAAUUCUGGGCAGCAGCUUCAGUGAGACAUUUGGAAAAGACGUGAAAAGGCUGGCAACGUGGGACUCAGUCCAUGGUCUGAAUGGUAGCCUGAAGGAGAGUCGCAUUGAGAACGGCAUGCAAGGAGUGACGGUGAAAAUAGUAACACUACUGGAGGACCCCUUUGUCAUGGUAGCGGAGAACAUUCUCGGUCAGCCCAAGCGAUACAAAGGUUUCUCGAUUGACGUGCUCGAUGCCUUGGCCAAGAUCCUGGGCUUCAAGUACGAGAUAUACCAGGUGGCUGACAGCAAGUACGGCUCACAGCUGCCUAAUGGCUCCUGGAAUGGAAUGAUCGGUGAGCUCAUAAACAAGAGAGCUGACCUGGCAGUGUCAGCCAUUACCAUCACUCCGGAGAGGGAGAGCGUGGUGGAUUUCAGUAAGCGCUACAUGGACUACUCCGUGGGGAUCCUGCUGAGGAAACCAGAGGAGAAGAUCAACAUCUUCUCGCUGUUCGCCCCGUUUGACCUGGCCGUGUGGGGCUGUAUCGCUGCAGCAAUCCCUGUGGUGGGAGUUCUCAUCUUCCUGCUGAGCAGGAUGCAGUCCUUGAGGGCCCAGAAUCCUCCAGUGACACACCAGCAGCCAGCCAGCCAGGGGUCCAGCUCCUUGUACAGUGCCAUCUGGAUGGUCUAUGGAGCUUUUGUACAACAAGGAGGGGACAGCGUUGUGAGCUCCGUGGCCCUGAGGAUCGUCAUGGGCAGCUGGUGGCUCUUCACGCUGAUCGUCUGCUCCUCCUAUACAGCCAAUCUGGCGGCCUACCUAACCGUCUCUCGCAUGGACAACACAGUACGGACUUUCCAGGACCUUUCCAGACAGAUGGACGUGACCUACGGUACAGUGAGAGACUCGGCCGUCUACGACUACUUCAAGAACAAGGGCACCAACCCUCUGGAGCAAGACAGCACCUAUGCGGAGCUGUGGAGGACCAUCAGCAAGAACAACGGCCAUGACUACUCUGUGUCCAGUCCCUCUGAGGGCAUCCGCAAAGCGAAGAAGGGCCCGUAUGCCUUUCUGUGGGACAUGGCUGUGGUGGAGUACGCUGCCCUCACCGACGACGACUGCACCGUCACCGUCACAGGAAACAGCAUGAGCAGCAAGGGCUACGGCAUCGCCAUGCAGCACGGGAGUCCGUACCGAGACCUCUUCUCCCAGAAAAUCCUGGAGCUGCAGGAGAAAGGGGACCUGGACAUCUUGAAGCAGAAAUGGUGGCCACGCACAGGACGCUGUGACCUCAACAGCCACUCAAACGCCACGCCGGACGGGAGGUCCCUGAAGCUGCAUAGCUUUGCCGGGGUCUUCUGCAUCCUGGCUGCCGGACUUGUGCUGGCCUGCCUGGUGGCUGGGCUGGAGAUGUGGUGGAACAGCAACCACUGCGGGCAAGAGCAGCCCAAAGAGGUUACUAAGGAUUACAGACUGGCAAGGGUUUCUGGUCCAUUGACUUAUAAUGACAUUACCACUGCUUCAUCGGAAGGGAGGAAGGACAUUUGGACAGAGAGAGAGAGAGACUGGGAUGAAGCAGAAGCUAUUGACACAGGACAAGGAGGUGAAUCUGGAACAGGUGCAUCGGCGUAUGAACAGUCUUAUGGACGAGGACAUGGCCCACAAGCAGAUCCCCGGCCCGUCUAUCGAGAUCUCUGCGCUGGACAUCGGCAGCAUGCAGCCCAGCCAGCAGCUGGAGUCUGUGCGGGACUACCCGGGCACGGGUCUGUCUGUGAGCACCUAUCUCCCCGGGGAGGGCCAUGGGGCGGGGCUGGGUCGGACACUAGCUCAGGGCACUGGCAGCACCCUCCCCCACCACCACCCCCUCAGCAGCUCCACCAUCCCCUCCAUUCAGUGCAAACACAGAGCUCCCAACGGGGGGCUGUUUCGACAGAGUCCCGCCAAGACGCCCAUGCCAGUGUCGUAUCAGGGAGUUCCCGGAGGACCCAUCCCAGAAGCCAUUGAACCGACCCACAGUACGUCCAUCUGAUGGUUCCACCUCCGUGUCACAUCUCCUGCCCCACAUGUGAUUUCCG